GGGACUUCUCAUAUGUCAACAUGGCCACAGCAGUAAACAGUCUCCAGCUAUAAAGGCUCAGCUGCUGCUCGCGGACUUCAGACCCUGAAAACAUCAAGUCAUUGAGCAUAAAAGCAGUUGUGUGCUCGGCGGUGUGUCUCCGGCUGUACUGUCUGUCUCUCCGGCUGUACUGUCUGUCUCUCGAUCGAUGGAUUUCCAAACGCUGUGCACUUUUAAAAGUUUCGAGCAGGUCUGGAGUCGGUACGGUUAUGGGGAGGACUUUCAAGGCGUGAUUGAGCGCGAGUUCCCACGGAUUAAAGGGAUAACAUAUCUGGAUCAUGCAGCAACUACUCUGUACCCUGAGUCUCUGAUCAGGGACUACUUCCAGGACAUUUCAAGGAACGUAUACGGAAACCCUCACAGCCAUAACCCCAGCAGCAGAUUGACACAUGACACAGUGGAGAGGGUCAGAUACAGGGUAUUGCAGCAUUUUAACGCCACCCCUGAGGAGUACUCUGUGAUUUUCACUUCUGGUUGUACAGCCGCUCUCAAAUUAGUGGCUGAGAGCUUUCCCUGGAGCCCGCAGACUGAGAGCGAAGUGGGGAGUCACUUCUGCUACCUCACUGACAGCCAUACCUCUGUAGUUGGCAUCAGAGGACUGACUUCUGGCCAGGGUGUAGUUACCCUGCCUGUCUCGCCGCAGGAAGUGGAAAACAGGGCAAAGGCUGAGACUGAAGGUGACGAUGUUGUUUGCCAGACGCCGCACCUCUUCUGCUACCCAGCACAGAGCAACUUCUCUGGAAGGAAGUAUCCCCUUAGCCAUGUGAAAGGCAUCCAGGCAAGACGCCUUUACCCAGCAUGUGACCACCAAGGCCGCUGGUUUGUGCUGCUUGAUGCUGCCGCUCAUGUCAGCUGCUCCCCUCUAAACCUACAGGAGUGCCCUGCUGAUUUCAUUCCCAUCUCUUUCUACAAGAUGUUUGGCUUCCCUACAGGUCUGGGGGCUCUUCUUGUCCGUAACGACGCAGCAUGCAUACUAAAAAAGACUUAUUUUGGAGGAGGCACAGCAGCAGCUUACCUUUCUGGAGAAGAUUAUUAUGUGCAUGCGGCAAACAUUUCUGACAGAUUUGAAGAUGGCACUGUCUCUUUUUUGGACAUCAUUGCGGUAAAUCACGGUUUUGAAGCUCUUUACAGGAUCACAGGGGGCAUGCACAACAUCCAACAGCACACGUUUGGCUUGGCACGCUACACUUACAUGCUGCUGUCAAGUGUUUGCCAUGGCAACGGGCGACCAGUGGCUAAGAUAUACACUGAAGGCCAGUUUGAGAGUCCAAGCACACAGGGCGCUGUCCUAAACUUCAACCUCAAGGAUUCUCAUGGACAGAUAAUUGGGUAUUCUCAGGUUGACAGAAUGGCCAGUCUGUACAAUAUACACGUGCGCACGGGUUGCUUCUGUAACACCGGGGCCUGUCAGUCCUUCCUCGGGAUCACCAAUCAGCAGAUGAGGAGAAACUUGCAGGCCGGCCACGUCUGCGGAGACAGCAUCGACCUGGUGGACGGCCAGCCGACCGGAUCUGUUCGCGUGUCGUUUGGCUACAUGUCAACAUUUGAAGACUGUCAAAAGUUUCUGAACUUUGUUGCCGACUGCUUUGUAGAGAAACCACUCGCGUUGGACCAAGUGAGACUGGAGGAGUUAAAAACAGCCACAGCAGCGUCCCGGGGCUCAAACGAACAUUAUCCAAUCAAAAUCGCUAAUGGAGAAAUAUUUAAAGCAGAUGAAAAGGAGAAGCCUACAGAAGCAUCACUGAGGGGAUUUAGACUCAGAGACUCAAACAGCCACGGGGAGGCUUAUACUCUGACCAACAUCUACAUAUAUCCCAUCAAAUCAUGUGCAGCAUAUGAGGUGCACGACUGGCCAGUGGGACCGCAGGGUUUACUGUAUGACAGAGGCUGGAUGGUGGUGAAUGGAAACAGCGUGUGCCUGAAUCAGAAGAGAGUGCCCCCUUUAUGCCUCAUUCGCCCACAAGUCCACCUGCCCUCAAACAAAUUGCUCCUGCAGGCAUCAGGGAUGGAUACCAUUUCGGUUCCCCUGGAAAACAGCACUGAAAUGCACAGAAGCUAUCCAGUGUGUCAGAGUAAAGUUUGUGGUGACAGGGUGGAGACUGUCGACUGUGGGGAUGAGGCAGCAUCGUGGCUCUCAGACUUUCUUGGACAGCCCUGUCGCCUGAUAAGACAAAGUCCUGAUUUUACCCGAGGCAUGAAGAAGAGGCCUAGUGGAGCUGCCACCUCCUCGUCUCUCUCCCUGGUGAAUGAAGCUCAGUAUCUCAUGAUCAACCGUGCCAGUGUGGAGCUCAUUCAGAAACUAAUGAGCAGCAGACAGGACGAUUCUGAGGACGAUCACCUUCUUGACACACAGAAUGUCAUUAGCCGCUUCCGAGCCAAUUUAGUCAUCGCUGGAGUAGAACCAUUUGAGGAGGAUAAUUGGUCACACUUGAUUAUUGGCAACACUCGAUUUGUGGUCACAGGUCAGUGUGGAAGAUGCCAGAUGGUUGGAGUGGACCAGGACACUGGGACCAAAACAAAAGAGCCGUUAAUGUCUCUGUCAGCCUGCCGCACCGGGAAGAUGACUUUUGGUGUGUACCUGACCCAUCAGCUACCAGAGGGCUCCACUACAGCGAAUGUCCUCUCUGCUGGGUCACCCAUAUAUCCAGAGCCACACAGUUCUUGAAGAAGUCAUCCGUGAGAUCCUCUUUAUUUAUUUUGGUGAUACUUUUCUUUGUCCUAAGGGCUCAUUGCUCUGCUGUGUGUCCCAAAGAUCACCUGUCAAACACUGUGAGGAGUUUCUAUAGAUGCUGCUCUUUUCUUUGUGUGUGUAGCCCUGGUGGCUUUUGUCCUCUCAGAUGUCCUUCUCAUACCAGAGCAUUCAGAUUAUAUUCAAUUCAAGUCUGUUUUGAUUGAAAAUGAAUGAGAUUUUGUGAUUUUUUUUCCCCCCAAUGGUUUCAUUCCCAAAAUAUGUGCAAUAAAGUAGAUGUGAAAAUUAUUAUUUGAAUGUAUUACUGCUAUUCGAGCCAAAACAUGUCAGGCUUGAUGCAAUAAUCGCUGCUCAUGUUAACCUCCCAGACAGUUCUUCCUUUGUUUAUUCCCAUGGAGGAUUAUAUUGCUAUUUAUUCCGAACACACCACCACUGUGCUGCCAGAAAUAUGAAACAUAUUGCUCUCUGUAAUGGAAAAACCUACCAGACACUCAGUGAUCAGUAUGUGCUCCUCAUGUGCUGCAGACUUGGACAUCCAAUUUCAUUCAAGAAAAUUAAUGAUUUAAUGUGAAUUUAAUCAGGUUUAAUCCAAGUGGCAUGCUUGUACAUAAAGUACGUAUGUGCUAAACCGUUCUGUCAAGGUCUCGGAGUAAAAUUGCCCCUGUGUAUCACGCACAUAUGGUGUAGUUGGAGGCUUGAGGUGACUGCUGUGUGCACCAAGGUUUGGUACUGUUUGUAGCAUGUUUGCAAAUCUGUGCCAACAUUAAAUUAAUAUGUAUAAAUGUAUCCACAGAUUGGAUAUGGUAGAUAAUGGCAUUGGGGACUCCAAACAAAAUCAGAUGUAGAUAGAUGACCACUUAAAGCUGUGACCCGCCAAAGUUUAGAUUAUUAUUCAAGAUAUAAACUUUCAAGACAGCCUUGUCCUGCAUCAGACAAAUAUGCAGUUAAAACUACAGAGAGAUAAUAGAACAAUAGGUCAAGCGUCAGGGAGAAUAAAACACUGAAUUUGUCAAAAAAAAAGAAGCAUAUUACAAAAUAACUAAAUACAUUAUACACACAGAGAAUUGUAUAAGAAGUUACUAAAAAUAUCAAGAAAACCCUCAUAUCUGAUGCUUACAGGAAAUAAUUGCUCAAAAUUCAUCAAAAUUGUUGGACUUCCUGCAGUUAUUGUGUUCACUAUUUGGGUUCAUUGCAUACAUAUAAUAUGUAAAACCCAUAAAAUAUGGAUAGAGGGGCCAGGGGUCGUCAGUUUACUCAAUGAUAAAAAAUAGGUCCCUUAAGGAAAAAGGUUGGGAACCACUGAAUUAAAGGAAGUACCUUUGUAUUCCCUUGUAUGGUAUUUUCACAGGCCAGGAUAUGAUCAUUUUAAUACUCAUUAAAAGCCUUCAGUGACUGCCACCAAGUUCUACUUCUACAAUCAUCUCCUACUGGUGCACAGACUGUUACUGUUAUUUAUUAUCUUGUCCUGUGAACAUGAACAAAAAAGACAAAAACAAAAAACAGCCAGGAAACCAACAGACAGAUAUUUGGUUACAAUAAUGUAAACCCUUUGUUUCUUAACCAAUCAUUUGUUCCCUCCACAUUUUCCAACAUCUAAGAAUCAGCUGAGAACGUGUUAUUGAUCCAGCUGUUAAUACUCUAAAUGAAAAUGUACUCAACUGUGGUGCUGUAGUAUUAUCCCCGAGGAGACAUACCGUAACCUUGGUGACCUUAAACCCAUUUUAUUUAGUCGUGCUGGGUUUAGUAAUAUCUGUGAAGUAUUUUGUAUUGAAUACAUUUGCCUCUGGCUUCUCUGGUGUAUUUUUUUUUUAUCAUUGGAAGGAAUCCGCUCCCAUAUUGCUUCAUCAAAUGUACAGCCCAGGUCUUUUUCCCAUAUCAUCCUCAUUGUUGUUUACCCGAGGACAUACCUCAUACCACUUUGAUGCUUUAUGAAACAUUGUUGGCAGCUGUAGGUAGAGCUCUACUUUGUUGGUAUGAUGGAAGUGAGGUUUCGGCCUUAAUACAGUGUCUGAAAUAUGAAAUAUUUCGUAUUUUCGUAUAAACGUAUUUUCCUAGACAUAAAGUACCUUUGUGUAGUUAGCCUUCUCCUGUCUCUCAACUCAAAUCUAUAAAACUGUGGUUACUGAACAAUCAAAUGUGCUGUCACAAUCUGGAGUAGUACUUCUGUAAUUGUCUGUGCUUAUGUGCUUUUCUCUGCUUUCCUGUAAUUCCCUUUAUGUGUCAUUUGGUUUGGACAUAUAGGAGAAAUCAGUAUGGCCAUUGUGUUCCUGUUGUUUGUUCUUAUGUGCUUUUAUCUGUGCUUAUGUGAUUUGGUCUGUAUUUAUGGGAUUUUAUCUGUGCUUAUGUGAUUUUGUCUGUAUUUAUGGGAUUUUAUCUGUGCUUAUGUGCUUUUUCGUAUAUUUUAUUUUAAUGUGUCUGAUAUGCCAUCAACCUGCCAGGGACUGCAGAUGAAAAAUAACCCUGUGUGGCUAAAUCUGGUACGUUAAUGUACUAAUUAAUGUACAUUGUCCCUUUUUUUUAAAAAAAUAAACAAAUUAAAAAAUUAUAUUUU